UGUAGCAGAGUGCAGUAGUGCACACGUGUGGUAGGGCAAUCUGCUGCUCUCGCCUGGUCUCUCCCGGUGGACGAAACUAUGAACAGUAGAAGCAUUAUGCCUGGAGGAGAGAGAAUCAACACUCUGCUUUCUAUUUUUUUUAAUAUUAUUUUUUGAGAAAUCAAAUUCAAAUACUGUAAAUUUUUUAUUUUUGAUUGUAAAGAGAAAACAAAAGUACCUAUGCUUUGAAAUUUCCCUUUAAUCAUACACCCAAAUUCCAGGUAGUGAGGACAUUGAAGAGGCUACUCCUAUGACAACGAAUUUGGAAUUUGGAGGAACUCAUGUUGUCAGGCCUAAAGGGAAACACCAGGCUACUUUAGUUUGGUUGCAUGGAAUGGGUGACAAAGGCUUGAGCUGGUCUCAGCUCUUCGAGACCCUUCCCCUUCCAAAUAUUAAGUGGAUUUGUCCAACUGCUCCUACUCGCCCAGUUGCACUUCUUGGGGGAUUUCCAUGCACUUCUUGGUUUGAUGUGGAAGAUAUGUCGCAAAGUGCUCCAGAUGAUUUGGAAGGUUUAGAUGCUUCAGCAGCACACAUCGCCAACCUUCUGUCCAGUGAACCCUCUGACAUCAAGCUUGGUAUUGGAGGUUUCAACGUAGGUGCUGCAAUCUCUCUGUAUUCUAUGAUAUGCCAAGUGUUAGGGCGAUACAGGAAUGGAAACCCCUAUCCUAUCUAUCUCAGUGUAGUUGUUGGACUAAGUGGAUGGCUGCCAUGUUCAAGUUCAUUGAAAACAUGGAUGGAAGAGUCUCAAGAAGCUCAGCAGCGUGCAGCGUCAUUGCCCAUUUUACUCUGCCAUGGAUCAGCUGAUGAAGUGGUUGCGCACGAUCAUGGAGAGAAAGCUGUGGAAACCCUUACUUCACUUGGAUUCCAGAAUAUUACUUUCAGGAGCUAUGAUGGGCUAGGUCAUUACACCAUCCCUGAAGAAACUGAAGAAGUCUGCAAAUGGCUAACCACAGUGUUGGAGCUUGAAGGGACCCCUUCAGAUUCGUAGAACCGUUAUACGCAGUGAUAUGGAAGUAAACUAAAAGGCAAAGUACCUUAUCAAGAGCAAAGCUAGCUAGCUAUAUGUUGAAAUGCUACUAAUAGAUGGCAAUAAGGAAACAUAUUUAUAGUAUAUAAUGAAAAACAUGGUAUAAUCCUUGUAUCUUGAAAAAUAUUAUUCGCAUAUGAAAUAUAUUACAUGAUGUUCUCUCUUCAUAAUCCUUGGACUAUUGAUAUUUUCUACCA